GGCACGGCGACAGCCAGCCGCGUCUGCGCCGAGCGCGCGCGUCCUUCCGCGUUCUAGGCGCAGGGCUGACCGACCCCAGCCGCGGGAGGGGACAGCCUCGGAGCCUCUCUCUGCCUCCCGUCGUCGCCAGGCGCCCGCGGACCAUGUUCUCCAGCCCGCGGAGGUGGGGCGCCAGCGGCGACUACGAGCGGGUCCCCGAGGGGCCUGAGGCGCAGAAAUGCAAUCCAGAAAAAAGUGCUUCAUUCUUCAGUAGGAUGACAUAUUCCUGGUUUACCAGAAUAAUUAUUUUAGGCUAUAAGAAACCUUUGGAAAGAGAAGAUCUUUUUGAACUUAAUGAAAGUGAUUCUUCCUAUAUUGUGUGUCCCAUUUUUGAAAAACAAUGGAGGAAGGAAGUUUUAAGGAAUCAAGAGAGACAAGAAGUAAAGGCCCAUGCCAGGAAACCAUCUCUGCUGCAUGCGUUGUGGAACACCUUUAAGUUUGUCCUGAUCCAAGUUGCUUUGUUCAAAGUGUUUGCUGAUAUUUUGUCCUUCACCAGCCCACUCAUAAUGAAGCAAAUGAUCAUUUUCUGUGAACAUCACCAGGAUUUUGGAUGGAGCGGCUACGGUUACGCUUUGGCACUUUUUGUUGUAGUCUUUUUGCAAACCUUGAUCCUUCAGCAAUAUCAACGUUUUAACAUGCUCACUUCGGCAAAAAUUAAGACAGCUGUAAUUGGACUCAUCUACAAAAAGGCCCUACUUUUAUCUAAUGUUUCUCGAAAGAGGUUUUCAACUGGGGAAGUUAUUAACUUGAUGUCAGCAGAUGCCCAGCAGCUCAUGGACUUGACAGCAAACCUCAAUCUCCUUUGGUCAGCCCCUCUGCAAAUCCUGAUGGCCGUAUCACUGCUCUGGCAAGAGCUGGGGCCCGCAGUGUUCGCAGGGGCAGCAGUCCUGGUGUUGGUUAUACCAAUAAAUGCUUUAGUUGCAACUAGAGUAAAAAAGCUAAAGAAAAGCCAAACGAAGAACAAAGAUAAGCAGAUAAAACUACUCAAUGAAAUCUUACAUGGAAUUAAGAUCCUCAAACUUUAUGCAUGGGAACCCUCCUAUAAAAAGAAGAUUGCUGAAAUUCGAGAACAAGAGUUAGAAGUUCAAAAGUCAGCUGGGUAUCUUGCUGUAUUUUCUAUGCUGACAUUAACUUGCAUCCCAUUCUUGGUGUCCCUGGCAACCUUUGGCAUCUAUUUCCUAUUGGAUGAAGGAAACAUUUUAACAGCCAGUAAUGUGUUCACAUCUAUGUCUUUGUUUAAUAUUUUGAGACUUCCUUUGUUUGAUUUACCAAUGGUGAUCUCAGCUGUGGUCCAGACAAAAAUAUCAUUGGGUCGGUUGGAAGACUUUCUCAACACUGAGGAGCUUCUUCUUCAAAAUAUUGAAAGGAACUACACAGGAGAUCAUGCCAUUGGUUUUACAAAUGCUUCCUUCUCCUGGGAUAAAACAGGGAUUCCAGUACUAAAAAACUUGAACAUAAAGAUUCCAGAAGGAGCUUUAGUGGCUGUUGUAGGGCAAGUUGGAUCUGGAAAAUCAUCUGUGCUUUCUGCCAUUCUGGGGGAAAUGGAGAAACUUACAGGAGUUGUUCAAAGAAAGGGUUCUGUGGCUUAUGUUGCCCAGCAGGCCUGGAUUCAGAAUUGCAUUUUACAAGAAAACAUUCUCUUUGGCUCCACCAUGCAGAAGCAGUUUUAUGAGCGGGUAUUGGAAGCCUGUGCUCUCCUUCCUGAUUUGGAGCAGUUACCAAAUGGAGAUCAAACUGAGAUUGGAGAAAGAGGUGUGAAUCUAAGUGGGGGCCAGAAGCAGCGUGUGAGUCUGGCCAGAGCUCUGUACAGCAGGGCUGACAUCUACCUCCUGGACGAUCCCUUCUCUGCAGUUGAUGCUCAUAUUGGAAAGCAACUUUUUGAAAAAGUGAUUGGGUCCUCCGGUAUUUUGAAAGACAAGGUAGCCAUAGUGUCAUCUAUGCUUUGGGGGUUAGGGACUCGUGUUUUGGUGACACACAACCUCACACUUCUACCACAGGUGGAUCUGAUUGUUGUAAUGGAGUGUGGCAGAGUUGCACAAAUGGGAACAUACCAGGACUUGCUGCCUAAAACGAGAAACCUCACAUAUUUGCUUCAGGCCUUCGGUGAACAAGGAAAAUCUCAUGCUUUAAAGCGAGUCAGUGUAAUCAACUCCAGAACUAUACUGAAAGACCAAAUCUUGGAGCAAAAUGAUAGGCCCUCAUUGCAUCAAGGAAAACAGUUCUCAAUGAAAAAAGAAAAAAUCCCUAUUGGUGGGGUGAAGUUCUCAAUCAUUCUGAAGUACCUCCAAGCCUUUGGCUGGCUCUGGGUGUGGCUGAGUGUGGCCACAUACUUGGGGCAGAACUUGGUAGGCAUUGGACAGAAUCUCUGGCUGAGUGCCUGGGCAAAAGAAGCAAAACACAUGAAUGAGUUCACAGAAUGGAAGCAAAUAAGAAGCAAUAAACUUAACAUCUAUGGAUUAUUGGGAUUAAUGCAAGGUCUCUUUGUCUGUUCCGGAGCCUAUAUACUCACCAGAGGAUCCCUGGCUGCCUCUCGAACUUUGUAUACCCAGUUAUUGGAUAAUGUGUUACACCUCCCACUCCAGUAUUUUGAAAUGAAUCCUAUAGGCCAGAUCAUCAAUCGGUUUACCAAAGACAUGUUUAUAAUUGAUAUGCGUUUCCAUUAUUACUUACGGACCUGGGUGAAUUGUACAUUGGAUGUUAUUGGAACACUUUUGGUGAUUGUAGGAGCUUUACCACUCUUCAUUCUGGGGGUUAUUCCCUUGGUUUUCCUCUAUUUCACUGUACAGCGAUACUACGUGGCAAGCUCUCGGCAGAUCCGACGAUUGGCAGGAGCAUCUCGCUCUCCUGUCAUUUCCCACUUUAGUGAGACUUUAUCAGGGGUGUCCACUAUCCGGGCAUUUGGACACGAACAGAGGUUCAUCCAGCAAAACAAAGAGGUGGUGAAUGAGAACUUGGUCUGUUUCUACAAUAAUGUAAUUUCAAACAGGUGGCUGUCUGUUAGACUUGAAUUCCUUGGCAACUUAAUGGUAUUUUUUGCUGCACUGCUUGCUGUGCUGGCUGGCAAUUCGAUAGAUUCAGCAAUAGUUGGCUUGUCCAUAUCCUAUGCCCUAAAUAUUACCCAAUCUCUGAAUUUUUGGGUAAGGAAAGCUUGUGAAAUUGAAACCAAUGCAGUUUCCAUUGAAAGAGUUUGUGAAUACGAAAAUAUGGCCAAAGAGGCACCCUGGAUAAUGUCCACAAGGCCUCCAGCACAAUGGCCCAAUAAAGGGGUAGUGGAAUUUAUUAAUUAUCAGGCUCGAUACCGAGAUGAUCUUGGCUUAGCAUUACAAGAUAUCACUUUCCGGACUCAUGGAGAAGAGAAGAUUGGAAUUGUGGGACGGACCGGAGCAGGCAAAUCAACACUUUCAAAUUGCCUGUUUAGAAUUGUGGAAAGAUCAGGAGGCAAAAUUAUUAUUGAUGGAGUUGACAUAUCAACUAUUGGACUUCAUGAUCUUCGGGGCAAACUUAAUAUUAUUCCACAGGAUCCUGUUUUAUUUUCUGGAACCCUUCAAAUGAACCUGGAUCCCCUAGACAAGUAUUCUGACAGCCAGCUGUGGGAGGUGCUAGAACUGUGUCACUUAAAAGAGUUUGUGCAGUCCCUUCCCAAGAAGCUGCUGCAUGAGAUUUCAGAGGGUGGUGAAAACCUCAGUGUUGGACAACGGCAGCUUGUCUGUCUUGCUCGUGCUUUGCUUCGGAAAACAAAAAUUCUCAUCUUGGAUGAGGCAACAGCCUCCAUCGACUUUGAGACUGAUAACCUGGUGCAGACCACAGUCAGGAAGGAGUUUUCGGAUUGUACCAUCCUGACGAUUGCUCACAGACUGCAUUCUAUCCUUGAUUCCGAUAGGGUACUUGUUCUAGACUCUGGGAGGAUUACAGAAUUUGAAACACCACAGAAUUUGAUAUACCAGAAAGGACUUUUCUUUGAAAUGCUAACAGAAGUUGGAAUAACACAAGACUCAGUGACAAAACAAUAAAUAAUUUUAGCUGUAUAUUGAU